CCCGGAAAAACUGUCUCUGUCAGUGUGAGCAGUGAAAUGGCUGAGGCCAAUAUCUCGGUGGAUCAGGAAAAGUUCAGCUGUUCAAUCUGUCUGGAUAUACUGAAGGAUCCGGUGACUAUUCCCUGUGGACACAGUUACUGUAUGGGCUGUAUUAAGGACUGCUGGGAUCGGGAUGAUCAUAUUGGUGUCUACAGCUGUCCCCAGUGCAGACAGACCUUCACCCCUAGGCCUGUUCUGGGCAGAAACACCAUGCUGGCUGAAGUGGUGGAGAAACUGAAGAAGACAGGACUCCAAGCUGCUCCUCCUGCUCACUGUUACGCUGGACCUGGAGACGUGGCGUGUGAUAUCUGUACUGGGAGAAAACGCAAAGCCAUCAAGUCCUGUUUGGUGUGUCUGGCAUCUCACUGUGAAAUUCACCUCCAGACUCACUAUGAAUCUCCUCCGCUUAAGAAACACAAACUGGUCAAAGCCACUGGAAACCUGCAGGAGAACAUCUGCUCUAAUCACGACAAACUGCUGGAAGUUUACUGUCUUACUGAUCAGCAGUGUAUCUGUCUCCUGUGUGUGAUGGAUGAACACAAAGGCCAUGAUACAGUCUCAGCUGCAGCAGAAAGGACAAAGAAACAGAAGCAGCUGGGGGUGACACAGAGUAAGUUCCAGCAGAGAAUCCAGGAGAGAGAGAAGGAGCUGCAGGAUCUGAGACAGGCUGUGGAGUCACUCAUGCGCUCUGCACAGACAGAAGUGGAGGACAGUGAGAGGAUCUUCACUGAGCUGAUCCGCUCCAUUGAGAGAAGGCGCUCUGAGGUGAAAGAGCUGAUCAGAGAUCAGUUGAAGGCUGAAGUGAGUCGGGCUGAAGGACUCCUGGAGCGACUGGAGCAGGAGAUUGCUGAGCUGAGGAGGAGAGAAGCUGAGCUUGAGCAGCUUUCACACACACAGGAUCACAUCCAUUUCCUCCAGAGCUGUCAGUCCCUCUGUGCCCCUCCUGGACCUGGGGACUUACCCAGCAUCACUGUCAGUCCAAACGUCUGUUUUGAGGCUGUGAGGAAAUAUGUCUCUGAACAGAAAGAGCGACUAGAGGAUUUUGUCAAAGCGGAGUUCAAAGUUUCUGGAAGAGUGGAAGAGCCACAGACCAGACAGGACUUCUUACAAUAUGGCUGUCAGCUCACACUGGACCCCAACACUGCGCACAGAAAACUCUGUCUUUCUGAAGGGAACAGAGAGGUGACCUGUUUGAAAAAGAACCAGUUAUAUCCUGAUAAUCCAGAGAGAUUUGAGAGCUACCGCCAAGUGUUGUGCAGAGAGGGUGUGUCUGGACGCUGUUACUGGGAGGCUGAGAGGAGUGGGCAGUAUGGGGUUUCUAUAGCAGUGUCAUAUAAAGAGAUCAGCAGGAAAGGGCGGGUUAAGGACUGUGGGAUGGGAGAGAAUAACAAGUCCUGGAGUUUGUUCUGGUCUCCCUCCAGUUACUCUUUCAGGCACAAUAAUGUUCACACUAAAAUCCCUGGUCCCUACUCCUCCAGAAUAGGAGUGUACCUGGAUCACAGGGCAGGAACUUUGUCCUUCUACAGCAUCUCUGACACAAUGUCCCUCCUGCACAGGGUCCAGACCACAUUCACUCAGCCCGUCUAUCCUGGGUUUUGGGUGUAUUCCUAUGGAUCCUCUGUAAAACUGUGUGAUCUGGGAUGAGGCAGAGAGUGAAGGGAAGAUCAGCUGUAAUUAAAGAGAGGGAAAAAUACUGAAUUUGAAAUAAUAUCAUUGCAUAUAUGAAAAAGGGCGGCACGGAUGGUGCAGUGGGUAGCACUGCCGCCUCACAGCAAGGAGGUCCUGGGUUUGAAUCCCCGUCGGCCGGGGCCUCUCUGUGCGGAGUUUGCAUGUUCUCCCCGUGUCUGCGUGGGUUUCCUCCGGGUACUCCGGUUUCCUCCCACAGUCCAAAGACAUGCACGUUAGGCUGAUUGGAGAGUCUAAAUUGCCCGUAGGUAUGAGUGUGUGAGUGAAUGGUGUGUGUGCCCUGAGAUAGACUGGCGACCUGUCCAGGGUGUAUUCCUGCCUUUCGCCCAAUGUGUGCUGGGAUAGGCUCCAGCCCUCCAGCGACCCUGAUCAGGAUAAGCGGGUUCAGAUAAUGGAUGGAUGGAUGGAUAUAUGAAAAAGGCUGUGCUUUGUUCACACAACUAAGUCUUGUUGGUACUUUGUUCUGUAAAUCGUGUGUGGAAAAUGUUUGGCUGAUGCCAAUAAAGCAAUUUGAAUUUGAAUUUGAGAGAGAGGGAGAGAUGGGGAGAGAGAGAAAGAGACA